CUUCCGGGCCGCGCUCGGAAGUUCCGGGGCGGAAGCAGCCGCGGUGCCGCGGGCUGGGUGGGGGGCGGAUGAAAGGGCCGCGGGGGCAGCUGCGCGGGGGGCAGGACCCGACAUGAGGCUGGCAGCUUUACAGUAUCUCUUGUGACCCUAAAAAUAUGACUGUUUGCCUACUGCACCAAAACUCCUAAAUAUUUCAUCUGCCAUUUGGACACCUGGCUUCAACUACAAUGCAACAAGCUUUAGAACUGGCAUUGGAUCGUGCAGAGUAUGUCAUUGAAAGUGCCCGUCAGAGACCUCCCAAACGAAAAUAUUUAUCCAGUGGAAGAAAAUCUGUAUUUCAAAAGCUAUAUGACUUGUAUAUAGAAGAAUGUGAAAAAGAGCCUGAGAUAAAGCAGAAGCUGAGGCGAAAUGUGAACUUACUUGAGAAGCUGGUUAUGCAGGAGACGUUGUCAUGUCUGGUAGUGAACCUCUAUCCAGGGAAUGAGGGUUAUUCGCUGAUGCUCAGGGGGAAAAAUGGAUCAGAUUCUGAGACCAUUCGAAUGCCUUAUGAGGAAGGUGAACUCCUUGAAUAUUUGGAUGCAGAGGAGCUGCCACCUAUUUUGGUUGAUCUUUUAGAAAAAUCUCAGGUUAAUAUUUUUCAUUGUGGGUGUGUCAUAGCAGAAAUACGUGACUACAGGCAGUCUGGUAAUAUGAAAUCUCCAACAUACCAAAGCAAACAUGUUCUUCUGCGUCCAACAAUGCAGACUUUAAUUUGUGAUGUGCAUUCUAUAACAAGUGACAACCACAAAUGGACACAGGAAGACAAACUUCUACUUGAGAGCCAACUUAUCUUAGCUACAGCAGAGCCUUUGUGUCUUGAUCCUUCGAUAGCAGUAACCUGCACAGCAAACAGACUCCUCUAUAACAAGCAGAAGAUGAACACUCGCCCAAUGAAACGGUGUUUCAAGAGAUAUUCCAGGUCAUCUCUGAAUCGGCAGCAGGAUGUGGCACAUUAUCCAACUCCACCUCAGCUCAGACUACUUGACUACUUACAGAAAAGAAAGGAAAGGAAAGGAGCCCAGCAGUAUGACCUCAAAAUUUCUAAAGCUGGAAAUUGUGUAGAUAUGUGGAAACAGAACCCUUGCUACUUGACUGCACCUUCUGAAGUUGAUGUGGAAAAAUAUGCCAAAGUGGAAAAGUCUGUCAAACCUGAUGACUCUCAACCUACUGUCUGGCCAGCACAUGAGAUAAGAGAUGAUUAUGUGUUUGAAUGUGAAGUUGGUAAUCAACUUCAGAAAACAAAACUGACCAUUUUUCAGUCCCUUGGUAAUCCGCUGUACUAUGGUAAAAUACAGACGUUCAAAGGCAGUGAGGAGAAUGACAGCCCAGUAACUCCAUCACAGUUCCUUAUUGGUUCCAAGACUGAUGCUGAAAGGGUAGUGAACCAAUACCAGGAACUAGUUCAAAGUGAAGCUAAAUGUCCAGUGAAGAUGGUUCAUAAUUCAGGUGGAUCAGUCAACCUAAGUCAUCUUUCUCCAGGGAAGGAAAUGGAACAGCCAGAGAGUCUAUCAGGGUCUGUGCAGUCUUCAGUAUUGGGGAAAGGUGUAAAACAUCGACCUCCUCCCAUCAAACUACCUUCAAGUUCAGGAAGUAGUUCUUCAGGUAAUAUUUUUAGUCCACAGCAGUCAAGUGGCCACCUAAAAUCCCCAACUCCUCCUCCUCCUUCUAAGCCUCCCAGUCUUUCUCGGAAACAGUCUAUGGAUCUUAGUCAAGUUAGCAUGCUUUCUCCAGCUGCCAUGUCUCCUGCGAGCUCUUCACAAAGGUCUGGAACUCCUAAACCAUCUACUCCUACUCCAACCAACACCCCUUCAUCGACCCCACACCCUCCUGACGCUCAGAGCUCAACUCCUAUUACCCCUUCUGCCACCCCUACUCCCCAAGAUUCAGGCUUCACCCCUCAGCCCACUUUGUUAACCCCGUUUGCUCAGCAGCAAAUGUCUCUGAGCCAGGCAUUGCCUGUAAUGACCAUUCCUCUUUCCACCAUGGUAACAUCCAUUACUACAGGAACCACCUCCACCCAGGUCAUGGCAAACCCUGCAGGACUUAACUUCAUCAAUGUAGUGGGCUCUGUGUGUGGAGCACAGACAUUGAUGAGUGGCUCAAACCCCAUGCUGGGGUGUAAUACUGGUGCCAUAACCCCUGCAGGUAUAAAUCUGAGUGGCAUUUUACCAUCAGGAGGUCUGGUGCCAAGUGCACUGCCAGCUGCAGUGCAGUCUGCCUCUCAAGCAGGCAGCCCUUUUGGUUUAAAAAAUGCUUCAGGUCUUCGGCCCUUAAAUCUACUACAGCUUCCUGGUGGCUCACUUAUUUUCAACCCACUUCAGCAGCAGCAGCAGCAGCAGCUCUCUCAGUUCUCCCCACAGCAGCAGUCCCAGCAGCCUGCAACCUCUAGUCCACGAGAACAGGGAGAACAGAGUGCUGAGCAAUGUCCAGCCAAUCAAGACCAAGCCUUAUCUGCCCAGCAAGCCGCUGUUAUUAACCUGACUGGAGUAGGGAGCUUUAUGCAACCUCAAGCAGCAGUGUUGUCUCAGCUUGGCUCUGCCGUGAACAGACGUGGGCAAAGCCUUCCUCAGCAGAGACUCCAGCUCUCCUCUGCCUUACAGCAGCAACAACAACAAGCCUUGCAGCAGCAGCAGCAACAGAUACAACAGUUGCGAUUCUUGCAGCAUCAAAUGGCUAUGGCAGCAGCAGCAGCACAAACAGCUCAGCUACGACACCAGCACCAUUCAGGCAGCCAGUCCAAAAGUAAAAGGAAACGAGGCACACCGACCCCUCCCAAGUCCUGAGUCUUGGGGGGUUUAUAUUUAAAAAAAAAUAGACGCAGAGGUGAUUUUUAAAACUUUUUUUUUUUUUUAAGAAAGCUCAAAAAAAAAUCAGUGUUUGAAAUGGCUGAUGGGAAAAUGAAUUUUUGAAGUAAUGCUGAUAUGUAUAAACUGUAUCGGGAAGCCAACUCUAUGGAAAAUAGGAAUUUCAUCUAACAAAAAGCUAGGGUUUGUUUUUUGCAAGUCACUUCAUAUUUUUAAUAAGAUGUUUUACCUUGUAUUUUUUACCAUUCAGCAGCACUGUACAUAGUAUAAGGGUGAUACAUUUUAGAAAAACGAACUUUGUAAAUGUAGUAUUGAUAUCUGUUUAUUUAGUAUAAAAGGUUGGUGAAUACUCUAACAAAUACAGUUUUUACAAAUCCA